GGGCACAACAUACCAUAAUGUCUUUUUAGGAUUAAGGUAUUAAAUAAGAUAUUAUCAGGACAUUAAUAGGAAUAACACAGUGCCAGCGGUGCGAAGUGCGGCCAUUAAAGGGCUGCGGGUUUAGGCUGAGUUAAUGGCAUGACUUAUCGUGGCGAGAAUCAUGGCCAAAUAAUUAAAAUAGCAUAAUACGAGUACUGUUAUAGAAGCGGAACGUAAACAUUAGUAGGGAAAUCAGACAAAAUCGGUCUGCGAUGACGAGAGCUUGAAUUGUCGGCGAGUGGUUUGCGACGCCUUCAUGACUGCCAAAAGCUUUUAUCGACAUUGAGCUUGAUUUGACAAGAGUAAAUCCCCACAUGAAGUAGAACAUUCUGGUCGCGCAGCCUACGGUAUAGGGCGACCGGUCGCAACCCGCGCGGCAGGUGUUUGACCAAUAGGUGGCGAUAAUUAUGCAAAAACUUUGCAAUGUCAAAAUAUGCAUCCAAAUAAUACGUGAAGUAAGGUCUGCAGACAAAUCUAUUUUUGUUGGCACCUGGCAUUGAGCGCGGACCGCUAGCGAUAAGACAGACACAUCAUCUACAAUGUAGAAGCCGCCAACGAUGCUUAGCCGAAUUUAUGAAAGCGCGUGCGUAUUACCUUGAGUCCUUGGGUUGCUUUCGUUAUAUCGGCAGUGGGGAUUUGCCGAACGGCCAGGGCUUGGUGAACUGGAACGAAUCUCUCGAGGUAGAUAACAGAGCUGAGCUCGGCCUUGCGCGCCGCCGAGGGUCAUCGCUACUUGGUUUUCGCAAGCCACAAAGUCGAGAUAAAUAAUCGCACGAAGGGAAACUCGGGAAUCACGCGAGUUAAGGGUCAAAGUGACCCUGUCUCGUAUGGCUACUACCAGGAAAGAUAGCCGAGCGAAACAGAGAAUCGGCUAGGCAGUACGAGCUAAAGAGGUCAGCCUUCGCGCAAUCAACAGCCUUUUAACAACCUCGGCUGGUCCAGACUGCCAAUAUGGGAUCUGGAAGCUCGAAAGGCAGCGGAUGCACCAAAAAGGGGGACAAGAAGAAAGAUAAGACCUUCCUCAUAAAAUCCCUAGAACACCACGAAGGGGGUAUUAAUGCCAUGUGUAUAAGUAGCGACGGCAAGACUAUCGUUACCGGAUCGGAGGACAAAACCGGCAGGCUCUGGGACACGCGGACAGAGGAUACAAUUGGUGAACUACAAGGCCAUGUCGGCUAUAUUAACGGUGUGUGUGCCUCGGAUAAGUACGCGUUCACUUGCGCAUCUGACAAGACCAUCCGCAAAUGGAGCUUAGAGACAGGCCGGUGCAUAAAGGUCUUCAAGGGACACGCUUCGACUGUACACCGAGUGCUGUAUGUGUGUGAUUUCUUGUUUUCUACUUCUUAUGAUAAGACGGCCAAGCUAUGGCAGGCCGACACGGGCGAGUGUGUGAGAACCUUCAAAGGGCACAAACGCGGAGUUUACCCGUUGAUUUUCGUCCCGUCCGAGAUUAACCGCGGUACCUACAUUGACUUGGAUAAUAAUGAUGAUAUUCUAGUGACUGGCUCGGCCGACAACACGGCCAAAGCUUGGGGGAUGAACUCGAAUGAGUGCAUGAAUACCUUCAAGGGGCACGAAGGCGCGAUUCUGUGCUUGGCUGUCGAUGGCAAAGGCAGAUUGUUGUUCACAGGCUCCAGCGAUAGCACUAUUCGUUCGUGGGAUCUCCACACUUAUUCGCCGUUGAAAUCCUUCAAAGGUCAUUCUGCUUCUGUUAUUUGCAUUCAGGUGGUGAAUAAGCUGAUGUACUCCAGUUCAGCUGAUCAUACUGCGAAAUGCUGGGUUGUGGAGUUUGGGGACUGCACACGGACCUACAGAGGACACAAACAUUGUAUUGGAGCUAUGGUAGUGCAGGAUGGUCUAAUGUUUACCGGCUCUGGUGAUGGUACUGCGAAGGUUUUUGAUGCAAAGUCUGGUACUUGCAAAAGGACUUACAAGGGGCAUGAGAGUGCAAUCAACUGUUUAGUGGCAAGCAAAGGCAAGCUAUACACUGCAUCCUAUGACAGAACUUUGAGAAUUUGGGAUGCUACCAAGCUCCGUGAUGACGAGGACGAUGUAUACACUAAAGAGAAUGGAGUUAAAUAAGAAAGAAGCUGCUUGAUGAUUUGUAACAAGAAAGUGCAUUUGGUAAAUUCUGCAUGUUUUAUAGUGAGGCAACAAGCCACAAAAUGGACGACAACAAGGUGUAGAUGCACCAAAUUAAAUUCAUUAGAGUUAGUGGGAUAGUGUAUGUGGGUGGUCAUACUUGACAAUUGCAUACCAAACAAACAUGAAGAUCGCAACCCUACUAUGACAUAUUUAUAAAAACCAAUGGAAUGGAAUUGGUAAAUCACAAACUUCACUAUACUGGUUGCAUGAUGUCAUCCACAAUUCAAACAAACAUGUUUGUUUUUAUGAUGCCCAUUCAUUGUUGGGAGAAUCGCAGGGAACAUUUUAGUGAUAUGCUGAUGAAUAACAGCCACGAUCAAGCUUAAGGCCAACUCCUGACACACCACAAAUAUCAAUCGAUAGUUUACUUUACUGGUGGAUUACAAGAGUAUCCAAGAAACAAAACUUAAAUUUAGAGAUAGCCAUCUAAAUAUUCUCCUGAAAAGAGACUUCACAUUGAAUUUCUCUCAAAAUAUGUGAUGUACAUGGGAAAUCUCUUUUGAAUGAUGACAGAAAUUAGUGGCAGAUCCAGUGGUCACCCCCCCCCCCCCCUUUAAUAUUAAAAACGUAAAAAAAAAAAACAAGUCGAGGGAAAUCCACCAAAUAACUUAUUAAAUCCUGCCAUUCUGCACUGGAUCUUCCCCUGAUAACAAUUAUCUUAUCAGCCCAAAGAUUUAAAAGUGUCGUAAGUUAAAAAAACCUGCAACAUUAUCCAAUAAUAUCUAUAAAAAUAAUAUAAACAGUCUAUCCCAUUCACCUUGUCAAAGAGAAAAGAUAUUUACAAGUUUUUUAAAAGUUAUGUCUCAUUUUGAAAUAUCUACAUCCUAAAUUUUUUGAAAAAGGAAUGCCUCUGAGCACGUAGCAUCUUUCUCUUCAUGAAUAACGUCAAUGGGAUCCACUGUAGGUGUAAUAGGGCGCGUUUUUUUCCUAUCAUUAUGGGAUGGGAAUGAAUGGUAGAGAAUGUUCAGAAUGGCAUUUGAGUCAUUCUGCUACAGGCAGCAGAAUGGGUGGAAUGGCCUUCAUUCCAUUCCGUAAUCGGAAUGCGGGAUUAACGAACGUGCGCUUUUUCUAUUCUAAUCAUUCUUAUUCCAGAAUCAUGAGUAAAAAAAAUGUGCCCUUAAUUUGGGCUGCUCUGUACAUACUUGUAGUAUGUUGGUGCACACAAGUGUGAAAUGAAGGGCCUUGGCAAGGGCAGCAGGAAGGUAAUUUGUAAUGCUAAAUUCUUCCUUUACUUUAGGAAACCCGGCCACAUUCCUCCUGACCUUGCAUCACCCUUUAAAGUAAUGCAUUUGCCUAUGACUCAUAUUGGUGUUCAAGAUAUAAGCACUAGAACCGUAGUGCUUGUAGUUUAUGGAGUCUUUAAAACAUAACUAAUUUUAUAUCUAAAAUCAUUUUGGCGUUAAAGAAGUUACAUAUCAUUGCUCUGUAGAUAUGUAGGUUCUAUAUACAAAAAGUAGCUGUAUUUUAGUAGCAUCAAUACAUUUCGAUGAAGCAUGUAUUUGAAUGCAAGAAGUGGAGCUCUAAACCAAAGAUAUCAGUGAUAUUCCAUCUAGUUUUUUUUUUAGAAAAUAAAAAAAAAUAUUUAGUGUGAAAAUUAAUUUUGGGAUUUUAUGCAUUUAGGUGUUUUGAGGUUAUUAACCUAUAAUGCUUGCAGUUUUCAUAAUUUAUUGAAAAAUAGCAAUAUAGCUGCACUAAAUUAUUUAUUAGUACAUGGGUUGUUAUGUAAUAUUACAUCUUCACAUAAUAUAGCAUAACAGUAGUUUCAUACCUUCUUGAAAAUAAAAAUAUCACUGUGAGAA